CUCAUAAUCAUAAGUAAUAUACGUAUAGAAAUAAAAAAAUAUAAAAACACAUUGGGAUAUAUCACUUACCCAGACAUGAAAAGAAAAUGAAUUCCGAUGCAAUAAAAUUAGCUUAAUUUGGUGGACAACUGCUUUUUGAGCAGUUCACUCAUGAAAUACGCUGAUCGAAUUUGUGAGUUAAGUUAAAUUUAAAAAAUUAAAAUAAUGGACAAAAGUGACACAACUAAGAAAAAGAUACUAAGUAACGUUGAAUAUGCACGCAUUUGUCAAUUUAUUAACGGAUUUAAUGGCGGCCUUCCAAUGGACUGUGAGUUGGAAAUGGUACAUCGUUUCUUUACGGACGUCGAUCCUUUGGCUCUGAGUUGCAUUUUGCAAUUCGAGAUUAUUAACAAAGCUCGGGGCCAGCAUUGGCGCCAGGAACAACGCGCCAAAAACCUGUUGAAAACCUAUGAAGAUCAGUGCCACUUGUAUAGCGAUAACUCUCUGCUAAUACGUAUGGCAUGUGUGGAGGCCAUAAAUCCAAUAGCUUUGUGCCGUCUGUUACUGCAAGAAAAAUACGAUCUGAAGCAAAGACCUCAAGUUUCGCGACUCUUAAAACAUCCAUAUUUGAUCAACGAUUCACUUCUGGCAGCCAACGUACAACAGUGCUUGUACAGUGAUAAUCAAGAGGGAUCUAUAACGGAUCUACGAAGACGCUUAGUUGGUGAAGAGUAUGAGUUAAAGCUGAAGCACUUGGCCAGGAAAGCAGGCAUACACUUCUAUGAUGAGCAUGAUUUGCGCCGCAUGGGAUAUGACAAGACACCCGAUAUAAAGAUGAUAUUGCCAUUCCUCUACAAGGGAUUUGUGGUAAAUUGGAUAGAGAGCAAGGCUAAUUUCGGAGAUCCGAAAAGUCACAAAUUGAACAUACAACAACAGUUGUAUAGCUAUUGCAAUCGCUUUGGACCUGGCAUCAUUAUCUAUUGGUUUGGCUAUCAUGAAGAAACGGCACAGUUGCCCGAUAAUAAUAUUGGUAUAACAGUGCUUACAGAUUUUCCCGCACGAGAAGAUUUAGUUUUCAUGCAACUGACUGAACCACGAGCCCAAGAGACAGCACAAACAUUGCAAUGACUUAGCAUUUAUUAUUAGCAAUAAAAUGACACGCUCAUGUUUUUAACAAAGUUCAAUUUUUGUUUGUUUAUUGAUUAAUAAAUGCCCAUUAACAUCGA